UAACAGUCCACCAAGGGGUGGCAAUUUCAGCUCAACUACUGUGUAUGGCACAUGUCUUAAUCGACUGGGAUUUGAGACCAGCGUCCGGCGGAAUAUCGGAGAACUCCGUGUCUUAUCGCCACAUAAUAUCAGGGCCUGCCUUGGCACAUUGAUUAAGAUAACCCGCCCGGGGAAGAAUUUAGUCCCACUCAGCCGCAGCCCCCCUACAUUCGAGAAAAGAGGGGGAAUCAUGAACCCUGACGGUGGGCGUGGGUGGAUUGGGAGGAACCCAAGGCUUAUCUCUCCAUCCACGAAUGUUAUCAAAUACUAUUUCUUUUAAUAAGAGUUGGCUUGGCUGCCUACCAGCCUGUGUUCGAGAUAGCCCGGAACCCAUCCAAUGGGCGGCGCGCGUGGCGUGGUUCGUGUGUAGGCUGCCUUAUCUUCCCCCGCAGGGAGUCCGGUUUAAAUCCCCGUCCCAGCACCGUGUGAUCUUUUUUGUCUGUGUGUUUUUCUCGCUUCGACAAUUGCCUCUCGUGCCCUUCGUGUUACACUCUUCGCACGUCACCAUGGCUUUUGAUCCAGAAAAAGGACCAAGCACGGUCAACUACUCGACCCACGACCAAACCUCCCUCGACCAUGAUGGCACGAUUUCGCACGAGACCGGUAUUAUGGCCAAGCUUCGCGCUAUCGAGGCCGCCAUGGACAAGAAGCUAGGACUCGAAUCGGAAGCCAUCACUCGCAAGCGCCCCGAAGACAAAAGAAAGGUGCAUUGGGUGGAGGAAUUAUCCAUGGCGUUUCUUUGGGCCAGUGGCACCAUGAACACCUCUUGUUUCGCCACGGGCUUCCUGGGCUGGGAAUUCGGCCUGACCCUGAAACAAUCCAUCCUCAUAAGCAUCUUUACUUCCAUCCUGGCUGCUUCGCUCAGUGGCUACUGCGCCACGUUCGGCGCCGCGACCGGUUUGCGCCAGAUCAGUGUCAGUCGGUACAGCUUCGGUUGGUGGCCUAAUAAGCUCGUGGCAUUGCUCAACGGUAUCCAACAAUUGGGCUGGGCAGCCGUCGCAUGCAUCACGGGUGGUCUUGCCUUGACGGCAGUUUCCGAUGGACAUGUUUCUUUGAUUCUGGGUAUCGUGAUUCUGGCCGUUGUCGCGCUGCUCAUCUCUGUCGUCGGACUGAACGCCAUUCUCAUCUAUGAGCGAUACGCUUGGAUGGUCUUCUUCAUCAUCUUCAUGAUCAUCUACGGCGAGACCGGAAAAUACGCAGACAACACAGCCCCGGCUACCGUGACGGGCACCUCCUUUUCCGGUGCCGUCCUCAGCUUAAUCGCCGUGGUCUACGGAUCCAGUGCUUCCUGGUGCACCAUGGCCAGCGACUACUACGUCCACUAUCCGACCAACGUGAACCGCGUCAAAGUCUUCCUGAUGACCACAUUCGGUAUUGCCAUUCCCACCUCCAUCGGCCUAGUCGCCGGUUGUGUGGUCGCCUCCGCCCUCAACAGCAAGCCGGACUGGUCCGAUGCGUAUGAAAACCAGGGAAUCGGCUAUCUCAUCCAAGACAUGCUUUACCCUCGCGGAUUCGCCAAGUUCCUCCUCACUCUUCUCGUCUUGUCCGGAAUCAACGUCAACGUCAUCAGUAUCUACAGUUCCGCUAUCUCUUUCCAGCAACUCUCGCGACCUUUCGGCCGUGUUCCUCGGUUUAUUUGGACUUUGUUCUGCUUCGCGUGCAUUCUUGCGCUGGCUAUUGGCGGUCGUCAGAAACUCAACACUUAUCUUCAGGAUUUCCUGAGCUUGCUCGGAUAUUGGUGCACUAGUUACGCGGUGAUAUUAUUCGAGGAACAUUAUAUUUUCCGCAAGGGAAACUUCGAUAACUAUGAUUUGGAGGGAUGGAAUGACCCGGCCAGACUGCCGUUGGGUAUCGGUGCGACUGUGGCGUUUCUCCUCGGAGUCGUGGCAUGGUGCAUGGGCAUGGACGAGACUUGGUUCAUUGGUCCUCUUGCCAAGUUGAUUGGAGAAGACGGUGGUGAUAUUGCCAACGAGUUUACGUUCGUAGUGACUGCUUUGAGCUAUAUACCCGCGAGAUAUCUGGAGCUCAAGUACUUUGGCCGAUAGUUACCUAACUGGUAGCUGUGGUUCUGUUUAAUAACUAAUUGCAUUUGUCAAUAUUAGCUGGCAUUGUACGAGUCCUCGACAGAGGUAUAUAAAAAUAUCAUUGUGAACAGAAUAGAUUCAAUUCGAAGAAAUAUGUCCAUAGUCGAGAGUAAUUCGAGCAACGGCGGUGGCUAAUACUCUACUAUGGCUUCUCCAGGUCUGCUAGACCUUUUUUGGAUGUUCACG